UCUUUUUUUUUUGUUUGUUCGUUAGUUUCGAACAAGGUGUGAGCUGUGUUGCCGAGGAUGGCCUUGAACUCCUGUGUCUGCUGCCUCUGCCUGCACAAUGCUGGGAUUAGCACACCCAGCUUCCUGAAGUCUUGAGUUUACUUCUUUGACUCCAGCUUGGUCCUGAAGCAUCUAUAUUUGAUAUAUUCUGUCUGUCCACACCAGAACUCUGGGUCGUAAAUCAGGUCAAGUGUCUACCAUGCAAACACAAGGACCUGAGUCUCUAACACCAAUGUUAAGAAGUCAGGCAUGGCACUGCACGUCAGUAACUGCAGCCCUGGGGUGGGCAGAGACUGGUGCAUCCCUGGAGCUCAUUGGCAGCCAAUGGAGUCAAGUCAGUGAGCUUCAGGUUCAGGGAGAGACCCUGAGAUCUCAGAAAAGAAGGUGGAGACUGGCUAAGGAAAACACCCAGUGUCAGCCUCUGGCCUCCACAGGCACCCAAGCAUGUGGGUACUCACCUGAACACAUACAUCUGUGUGUGUGUGUGUAUGUGUGUGUGUGUGUGUGUGUGUGUGUGUCUGCCUGUCUAUCUCUGUUUCUCUCUGUGUCUCUGUGUGUGUGGUGUGUGUAUGUGUCUCUGUUUCUGUCUGUCUGUCUUUAUCUCGCGAGCGCGCACACACACACACACACACACACACACACACACACACUGUCCUGGUUUUCUGCAGGGAACUGAUUUUUUUUUUUUUCUCUUGGUUUCUCUGUGUAGUCCUGGCUGUCCUGGAACUCACCAUAGACCAGACUGGCCUCAAACUGACAGAGCUCCUCUUCUCUCUGUCUCCUGAGUGUGUGCUACCUCUGCCCGGCUCUGAUGCACUAUUGAACACUUACAUAUCUGAACACUUCUCAGCACUGAAAAGGAGGGAGGGCUGGGUGCAGCUUGGCAGGAGAGCGCUUGCCGCCUGUCUUGGUUUUCUUUCCUGUUGCUGUGAUGAGAUGUUCUGACAAGAACCACAUAAGAGAGAAGGGGGUAUAUUCCAGCAUCAUCAUGACAAGAAAGCCAAGACAGCUUGAGGCAGCUGAUCACAUGGCACCCACAAUCAGGAGACUGUCGAGACAGGCUCUCGCUCUGUAUACCUGGCUGAUUUGAAACUCUCUGUGUUGCCCAGGCUGGCCUCUAACUCCCAGAGAUGUACCUGCCUCUGCCUCCCAACCUUAAAUUAAAGACCCAACCUCUUUCUUCACUGACAGUCUAGGAUUCCACCCUGGGAUUGGGUAACACCCACUGUGGGCGGGUCUUCCUGCCUCAAUUAACAAACUCCAUGUAGUUCUCACAAGUAUUCCUGGAGGUCAUCUCUCAGGGGUUCUAGAUUCUGUCAAGUCAUCAGCUCACACUAACCUAGCACACACAGGGCCUUGGGGUCCUUCUCCAGCUCUGCAGAAAAUAAAAUGAAUUACAUAGGAAAGGUGCUUUGGAGGUGGCUCUGUUGGUACAUCCAGUGCAAAUGUAGGGACCUGAGUUCAGUUCUCAGCACCCACAUACAAACUCGGUGUGAUAUCAGCCUCCACAUACAAAAUGGGUGUGAUAUCAGCCUCCACAUACAUGUGGAAGCACACACACAAAAUAAAUAAAACACUUCUUAUAGAAGUAAAAAUCCAAAUUGGGCCAAUGAAAUAGCUCAUCAGUGAAAGGCGCUUGCAGCCAAGCAUUGCAGCCCGAGUUUGAGUCCUGGCACACCCACUAGAUAAAAGGAGAGAACCAACCCCUGUAAGUUGUUUGCCGACCUUCACAUGGACACCUCCAUCCACGCCCACACACACCCUUUAGAUAAAAGGAAAGAAGACCUAACAACACCGCGGAAUCACAGCUGCAUUAUACUAAAUCAGCUAAAAACCUGCCCUAAAGGUUGUAUACUGGGGAAAAGAAAACAGAAGAGUUGAGAAUUAUCACCUAAAUGAUCUUCCACAAGGAUUUUUUUUUUUUUUUUUGUGCAGUGUUGUGAAUAGAAAACAGGGCCCCAUACAUAAAAAGAGGUACUCUACUGCCAAGCCAAGUGCCACGUCCCAGCCCCUCCCUGGGGGAUUCUAGGCAGGGGCUAUACCACUGAACCACGCCCCAAGCCCCUCACUGGGGGAUUCUAGGCAGGGGCUAUACCACUGAGCCACACCCCAAGCCCCUCACUGGGGGAUUCUAGGCAGGGGCUCUACCACUGAGCCACGCCCCCAGCCCCUCACUGGGGGAUUCUAGGCAAGGGCUCUACCACUGAGCCACGCCCCCAGCCCCUCACUGGGGGAUUCUAGGCAGGGGCUCUACCACUGAGCCAGGCCCCCAGCCCCUCCCUGGGAGAUUCUAGGCAGGGGCUCUAUCACUGAGCCACGCCCUCAGCCCCUCCCUGGGAGAUUCUAGGCAGGGGCUCUACCACUGAGGCAUGCCCCAGCCCCUCACUGGGGAAUUCUAGGCAGGGGCUCUACCACUGAGCCACGCCCCAGCCCCUCACGGGGGGAUUCCAGGCAAGUACUAUGAGCACUGAGCUGCAUCCUCAGCCCUAAGGUUUCCUUUAGCAUGGUCCGUUUUGCUCCUCUUUGACACAUUUGUGCAGAUUGUUUUCUAUUCAAGCACAGUUCCCUCCCACCUAGGAAUGUGCUUUGUCUUGAUCUAUCUAUUGGUUCUCCAAAACAGGGUCUCAUGUAGUUCAGGUUAGCCUCAAACUCACUGUGUAGUUCAGGCUGCCCUUAAGUACUGAUCCUGACUUGUGAUUACAGGCAUGCGCUGUUACACCAUCUGCACUGCUAUUUAAGUAUGAUGGUGAGCCUGUGGCCAAAAAAAAAUCCAUUUCGGCUCCUACCUGUUACAUGUUACAAAAUACGGAGACAAUUUUAUUAUAUACAAACUCAAGCAUAAAAGGUGACUUUACUGCCAUUAAAAAUGCCUGUCUGGGGCUUUUGGAAGAAAAACCGCUGGGUCACAAGGAGUUAAGAGAAAAGUCCAUGGGUCUUUGGGGUGGUGGGAAUGGUUUCUUGGGCCUCUGCCAAGGCAUGCUCCCCCCACCUUCAACCCUCCCCUCCCCGCUCCAUUCAAUAGCUACAGCCUAAAGGAGAGACAAGGGGAGUUCUGUGGAGACAGAAAUAAAUAAAUAAUGGUCUGCCCUAGGUCUCCACGGCAACCGUGACAUCACCCUGGACCCGCACGGCUGGCACCAUGGGUGGCUUACCCGGUGUUAAAGGCACAGGGGAGGAUACUGUGGUGCCUGGUGACAGGUGCAGGGCCCCACCCACCCCCGACGCCCAGAGGGUGAUAAGCUUGCCCACCCGUGGCUCUCUUUACCAGCUGUCCACCCACUUGUAGACCAGCUGUUGACAGCAUCAAUGGCCACUGCCUCUUGGGGGCUUUGACAGAGUGAAUCGACACUCCUGCUGUGAGCUGGACCAGCGUCCUCUGCCUGCAGGAGCGGAGUAGCCAAUGCCCCCGUGCUUGAGCACACAUAGCUAUUCUCUCACAGUGGUUGGAGGGCUGAGGUCCAGGAUGGAAGGAUGGGAAGGGCUUUGUAGCUCUGACGUCUCCUCCUCCAGGUUCUGGGACCUUUGCUGGCUUGUAGACAAGUUGCUGCCAUCACUGUUUCUGUGGCUUGAGGUCAUCUUUGCCCUGUAAUGGUCUUAAAUGACAUCCUGUUCUAUGUUGUCCUCUGCCCUCUUUAAAAUUUUUGUUGUGGUACUGGAGCUUGAACAUAGAGUCUUGCAUAUGCCAAGCCACGCCCCCAGCCCCUCACUGGGGGAUUCUAGGCAGGGGCUCUACCACUGAGCCCCAGCCCCUCCCUGGGGGAUUCUAGACAGGAACUCCACCACUGAGCCACUCCCCAGCCCCUCACUGGGGGGAUUCUAGGCAGGUGCUCUACCACUGAGCCACACCCCAGCUCCUCAUUGGGGCAUUCUAGGCAGGGGCUCUCCCACUGAGACACGCCCCCAGCCACUCAUUGGGGGAUUCUAGGCAGGUGCUCUACCACUGAGCCACACCCCAGCUCCUCAUUGGGGGAUUCUAGACACUGAGCCACAUCUCCCAACUUCUUUUUGAUUUGAGUCAGGACCCCACUAACUAUCCCAGACUUAGUCUCAGCCUCACCAUCUGUCUCCAGCAUCUCUCAAACUUGUGACUCUCCUGUCUCGGCCUCCCAAGUCGCUUGGAUAAUAGACCUGCGCCAUUAGGACUGGAUGCCUGGAUUAUUUUUCUUUUAAGUGUAUGGGUGUUUUGUCUGUAUGUCCAUGUCUCAGAUCCCCUGAAAUGUAACUUACAAUUUGAACUCUGAUUGUUUGGAAGAACAGCCAGUGCUCCUAACUACCGAGUUAAUUCUCCAGAGCCUGCAUGUCUGCUUUAUAGUCUGUCCCUGCAAAGGCACAUAGAUGGUGGGAUGGAAAACCCUGGGAGUUGGUUGCUAUGCUCCUGAAAUCCUGAGACUUUCAGGCUGGAGUGUUCAUUUUCUCAUCUGUCUGAUGAGCACAGCGUUACCUUGUGCAUGUGACAUUGGGAUAUGUGAGUAGGACUAUGCUUACUGCUGGACAGAUGUGCUUCCAUGACAAGGGCUGGAUACCGGGGAAGCGCAGUGGUCAGCGCAGGCAGGACAGAGGAGCCAACCAGGUCUCCAGAGUCAUCUAGGCCGUCAUCUGAUUCAGACACAGGAACACCAGGACAGGACAAACCCCGGAGCCAGCACUGGUCUGCUUCCUCCAGCCUUUGUUCCUGCCUUGCCACACCAGCACUUCAGAAGAUACCAUGCAGAAAGCAUCCAGUAAAUACUCCAUGAGGUGUAGGAGCAGAGAGCAAGCUCACUGAAAAAGCUCCGGCGUACUUACCAACAUGAACCCGCUAUACAGAAGUGCUCAGUGAGUGUUCCCUGAACUGUCCCUGCCACGGAGAGAGCAAGAGGAGGUGCUCCACAGGUGCUCCAUCUGCUGUAUCAGCAGAGACCUGGCAUACAGAAGGUUUAUGAAUGACCGAGUCCCGGCGCACAAGAGGUACCAGCCCACUGAGUAUGAACACGCAGCAAACUGUGCCACCCAUGCUUUCUGGAUCAUUCCCAGCAUCCUUGGCAGCUCCAACCUCUACUUCCUGUCCGAUGACGACUGGGAGACCAUAUCUGCCUGGAUCUACGGCCUUGGCCUCUGUGGCCUCUUUGUGGUAUCCACCAUUUUCCACACAGUCUCAUGGAAAAAGAGCCACCUCAGGAUGGUAGAGCACUGCCUGCACAUGAUCGACAGGAUGGUGAUCUACUUCUUCAUUGCCGCCUCCUAUGCUCCUUGGCUGAACCUUCGGGAGCUGGGCCCCUGGGCCUCCCACAUGCGCUGGCUGGUGUGGAUCAUGGCCUCCAUCGGUACCAUCUAUGUCUUUUUCUUCCAUGAACGGUACAAGCUUGUGGAGCUGCUUUGCUAUGUGGUGAUGGGUUUCUUCCCUGCCCUGGUCAUCCUCUCCAUGCCCAACACUGAUGGCAUCUGGGAGCUGAUGACAGGAGGGGCUUUCUACUGCCUGGGCAUGGUGUUCUUUAAGAGUGAUGGAAGAAUUCCCUUUGCCCAUGCCAUCUGGCACCUCUUUGUGGCAUUUGGUGCUGGUACCCACUACUAUGCCAUCUGGAGGUACCUCUACCUGCCCAGCACACUGCAAACCAAGGUGUCCAAAUGAGUGGCCCAGACUCCAUGGGUCAUUUGGACUUUGGGAUCAAAGCAACAUGGGAAGUGAACUGUGCCAAGAUCUGCCUGUCUUUUCCUGGAUGGAAUUCUUCAUGGGUCUAAGGAACCUUUCAGUGACAACAAGACCACCUUUUGAAUCCCCAACAAGGAAGAAAACAUUUAGCCCUUUCUAUGGAGGAGAAAUUAAUUCAGUACUGUGUUUCUACUUUAGACAGUUUUUUUUUUUUUUUUACUAUAACCAAUAUUAACAUCUUCAGAAAAGGGCCAAACAGGGAAUGACCAUCCAGAAGGUAAUUUUUAAAGUUCUGAGGGCCUCCCUUUCUGCUUCAGGAGAAAGUGAUUAGCAUUAUAGAUGAUCUAUGGGGAAUAUCCCUGACCAUGGUAGGCAUCACCAAUCAAUUGCAGCACGCAUGUAGCAGUAGAAUUCAACAUAGUGUCCCAUGCAGACAUUACUAAUUGAUUCUGUGCUCAUGAUGGAACCUUUUGGCUGGCCUGGUGUGUUAGGAGACAGGAUCACAGAAUAACUAUUAGAAGUCACUGUAUGUAGGAGCAUGCUUAUCUCUGGGCACCAUUACCUUCUACUCCCUUCUGUCCAUAUUUGAGGAAGUUCUUUAAGUGAGCUCUUUGGAGGCAGUGCAGGGAGACCAAGGCAUACAUUCCAAACAGGUCCUGACACUCUGUUCCGCCAUGGUUGGCUCUUGGUUCUAGAGGAGCUGAGAUCUGGGAUGAAGAUGCUGAUACCUGGCCAUUUUUUCUCAUCUCAAAGAAUCUGGAGAAAGGAUGCUGUGUUCACCAGAGGGGCUUUUCCUCAGUGUCAGGAAACGGCUCUCGGAGGCCCCUCAGAUGGCCCUAGGAGCAGGGUCUUCCUCUAUCAGAAUGGGUGGAAUAUCUUCAUCCCUCAACCUCUGAAGUGACCUGUCAGCUAAGAGCAUGGCUCCCAGGGGCCUGUCCUCAGCCACCUCUAUUCCUGGGCUAGCCUCAUCCUAAGAUGCCACAUGGACACUGGCUGAGUAUUGAGCAGCUGGCCUGGCUCCUGACCUGAACUGACAUCUCAGACUCUCUGCAAGAGUCUGCUGGAAAUCCAAGGUCUUGUUCAACAACUGCCAGCCAGAUGGGUGUGGGCAAGGGUGUGCCAAGACAGGGUGCCUUAUACUUUGUUCUAGUGCAUUCCAAGGUGUUUCAGGGCUUCAGCACCUGGAAUCCCAUAUGUCAAAGCCAGUAUUAAAUCAAGUUUAUGCAUUCCUCAGAAAGAUGGA